CAGUCAAACGCUAGCAAGGGCGAUAUUAUUAUCGACCUGUUGAGAGUGUCCCGUUGAAUUUCAAACAUUGCAAUAUUUUGAUCCAAACCCUAGCCUAGGCGGUGGCUAGCUCAUUUUGUCUUCGUGGCCAUCGCCUGUGUUGCUUGUGCACACAGUUUGCCGGGCAGUCCGUCGUAUCUCGUAUAUGUAUUCCACGGUUUGGCAAUCACUGAUUCUGUGUUCGGAAAAUUCGUUCAUUUGCUAAGCCCUUGACUGCAUUGGCUAGCGCUAGCGGAACGAUACCCUCAGCGUCUUGUAGACCAUUGCUCCUACGUGGCCGUCAUGUUUCGGCCGGAAAGUUCCGAUUCAGACGAUGGCGAUGGCGACACUCCAGAACAAGAGCUCUUGGGGCUACGCACACAGCUACGCCAGACCAGGAAAGCGCGGAGGAACUACAAGGAGGAAAUGGAGAAUGAGAUCGAACGGCAGAGAAAAAUUCUUGCCCAAUUGGAACGGGAGUCGAUAGAGAUGGAGAAAGACCUUGCUCUGGCUGCGUCACGAAAAAUCGAGUCUGAGGAUAGAGAUGCAGUUGAUGAGAUGGUACAGUUGCAGCAGAGGGACGAGACGAUGAGAGAGAACGUGCGGGCGGAAGAGGAGCGUGAGAAGCAGCUGACGAAAGAGCUGAAGGAACUGGAAAAGAAGGCUCGAGAACAGCAUAAAGCCAUGGGAGGAAUUCACAAAGCUCAGGAGAAGCAUGUUGCUUUGAAGAAGCAGACCCGGGUAAUGGAGAACAGGCUUUUACUGGUCAAACAGGAGUACAACUCAAUGCUGAAGAAAAAUGAGCUAUUACGGAAAACGAUUGACCACUUCAAAGAGGAGCGGAAUACCUUCGAGAAAGUCCAAGGCCGUCUAAAAAUGCAACUACAACACAUCCAAGAUGGUCUGAGUGCCACUGCUGCUGUUACGGCAAAGACAUUUGAGGCCAGAGACGAAGCACAAGCGAAGAUCAAGACAAUGAAGGACAAGUCUGAAAAGGAAAUGCAGCACUUCAACCAAGAACUGAGAGAGUUGAUGCGCUCGCUAGACAAUACAGAGGGCCUGAAGGAGUUUAUGGCCCUGAAGGAGCAAGAAAGGAUAGUCAGCAUCUCGGGUGCACGGAGGAAGGAAGUUUCUGACCCAGAAGUCGAUGCUGCAGCGAAAUUUGAAGCUGCCAUUCAGCACAUGAAAGAAGCAACGGGAAUUGAUGAUAUGGAUCAGCUAGUUGCCAGAUUUAUGCAGGUGGAGGAUGAAAACUUCACACUCUUCAACUACAUCAACACCCAUGGAGCUUUGAAAGAAGAUCUCGCCAGGAGCAUAGAGAAGGUCCAAGCGGAGAUGGAAGAAUUCCGUGACCGUGGCGUAGCACUGGACGGAGAGAGAAAGCGAAUACUCAGUAUUCUGGAGAAAGAGCUUGCGGUCCAUGUGGAGCGCAGAAACUUCAACAAAGGUCGUAUUUCACUCUACCGUAGCACUCUGGAUGAGCUGAAGUCGGGCGUCAACUCAAUGUUCAAUAAGGUCGGCUGUGACCCAUCAGCAAUCAAUGACAUGUUAGGUGGACAGCAGGGUGUCACAGACGCUAGUGUACUUCAGUAUAUUGGUAUUAUUGAGGAGCGUGCCAGUGAGCUGCUACAACUGCAGAGCUUUGUUCUGACCAAGGAGGCCGAUGAAGCCAUUGAGAUUGCACGCGAGGCAGCAGAACGACAAGAGGAAGACGUGGAGAAGGCUAUUGCGGCUGUCAAGGCAACGCUACCCGUGACACUGCUGAUGAACUCCAUACCAGCAGCACCACGAGUUUCACAUGAAGUCAUUGCACCAAGUACUAUGGAUGAACCCAGUCUUAUCUCUGAUGGCAGUGAUCACGAUGAGCCUUUCGACAUGGAUGAGUUAAGGGAACGUGCCAAGCGAGAGCUGAGCAAGAAGGAGGCGAAGAAGAAUGCAACUGAGCCAACACAAGAAGUUGAGCUUGCUGAGGGUGGUACACAGCGACUUGGUUCCAAUACGACAACGAGUAGAAAGUGAACAGAAAAUCAAAAAAAAACACCAAAACGUGGUAACAAGUCAAAACAAGCACAUUGCGCAACCAAUUCAGAGGUAUGCAUGAAACGGUGGACAUAGUUGGUGGUUUGGAAACAGAUUUAAAACGAGUUGGCUGUGCCCUCCUGGUGUGCCAACUCGUUUAGAGAUGUACUACCGGUAAUACCCUGGUCCUAAACUGAGUGAUGUGAAGCCAAAACGAAAUCUAUGAGUAUCUAUGAUAUGAAUGUAUUCUGUUUCUCUAGAGCACUAUAGUAUGCAUGUGCUAUGUAUAGUGCAGUCAGCGCUAUCAUUGUGCUAUAUGUAUGUUCAGUGCAGUCAGCGCUAUCAUUGUGCUAUAUGUAUGUUCAGUGCAGACACUAUCAUUGUCGUUUCUAACUUGUUUUAGGCACACAUGAAGUUCUCAGUAGGAUACCUGCGAUUGUCCUCUUCAUUCUUUUUGGCAAUUGUUAUUGUUUAGGUGUUCUUUUUCUAAUAGUAACACUGCAAGCACCUUAUUCCCGUGGCAAGAUAUGGGUGCUGCGGGCACACGGAAACGUAACUUUGGGCAUACAUUAAUUCCGUGUGAUGAUGAGAGGUGGUCCUCCCCUCUAUUUU